AUGGGUCGAAGAGGACCUACAACGACAUACAAAACAAGGGCUGCGAGAAAUGCCGCUCGACGGCUCCGCUAUCAGCAACAAAAGCGAGCUCAACUGCUAUUCCAGGAGACUUCGGUCCCAGCACGUCCACGAACACAACCGGUCAUUCAACCACGUGAGCCAAGACAAGACGCAGACUCACCUCCACAGUCCGGACCCGCCCCUGAGCCUGCAGCUGAUCCAGAUACACUUGAUUCGGGGCCUAUACCAGAGCCACACCUCACACCGGACGGCUUACUGCCUUUAUCCAAUGAUAAUGACUUCUUGCUGGAUGAUCCUAGUGGGUUCGAUUCUGAUGGCGGAAAUGCUCUGCAACAGGCGGAGGCAACUAUCAAGUAUAACCUGUCUGCUGAAGCAAUUCCUGAUGAUGAUGAGCCCACUGAAGGCCCUAUCUCUGCCGCUGAGCCCACUGAAGGUCCUAUCUCGGCCGCUGACUAUGAACCGCUUCUAUUUGGCAUUCCUGAUAUUUCAGCAGACUCAGGCACAGAUGACCUGUCAGAUAGCGCACAUGGAUCAGGGGAUAGCGACAAUGGCUAUUCACAGUCUGAUCAAUUGAGCACUGGCACUGAGAACCUUGAUAGCCUUGGGCAGUCAAUGGAGCCGCUGGUUAAUCAGGAGAGAUCUUCCAUCCCAACCAUCAGGCUGGCCGAUCUGCAAAAGUGGCACUGCCCCCAGGUGCUCGGUGGCCCACAACUACCUGAUGUAGAGACUACCUGGACCAAAAAUUGGUCUGCUACCGACCGCCGGCAACUAUUCUGUGGCAUUGGCAAUGAUCAAGAGACACCACCAGUGGUCUUCAUCACAGAUGAGGAAAAAGAGCUGUUGCCACCAUCCACCAAAAAGAAAGAGAGGUCGACCUACCAACGUCAGUCUGCUCGCGCUACAGACCGCGCCCAGCAAUUCGAUGAAUACUAUUACGUACCACACACUCGGGCUGACACCUAUGAGCCUCUCUCCACCUACUUUCCUCCAGGUGAAAUCUCCAUCGCUACCGAGGUUGAGCAACUUUUACCACCCCUUAGCCCCGGGCUGGACCCAUGGGAAUUGUCUGCACUAGACACCGCGCUUACAGAAGAGGGGCUGUUAGGAGAGUCGAUGCCAGACCAAGGCAAUGAGACCAUCACGCACUCGCCAGAACGUACACAAAGUGAAACUAACCGAGCGAGCCCUAUCCCAGAGACCGAAAACAGCCCCAUCCUGGAGACUAAUGAUACCAUCCCCGAGACCAACGAAAGCCCCAUCCAAGCGACCGAAGUAUCUGUGGAAUCAGCACCCACUCCACUAGAGGUCGUUAUAACUAACUCCCCCGACUCUAUUGCCGACCUCGCUGGGGUCCUCACUGAUCAGCUUCAGCAGCACCAUGGCUGCUGCCGCCAAUGCCAUGAGCAGCGCGAGCGGGAACAUGACGCAAAGCAUUCGGAGCACCCUGGCGUAGGAGAGUACAUGGACCGCGCUCAGGCUGAGGGAGAAUUUCCCGAUGUCCUCAGUGUACCAACCAUGGCUCGACGCGAGGAUGAUCUUGUUGGGCAGACCCCCGCAGAGCGAAAGCGUGAAAUCUACACUGGAGUUCCACCCGCAUCAUCUACAUCUGACGCUCAUCCGGUCCAUGUCUGCCUCGCCGCCGACCACGAGACGCAAUGUCCAUCCGGAGUCACCCUCGAUAUUGACAGUGUUGUCGGCUUUGCGAGUAGCCUCGCGGUGGCCAAACUGGGAGUCCGUUGGAACCCAACACAGAUGGCCCUCACUGAUCUUCGUUCCGGCCUCCAUCUUGAUCCUCUCCUGGUCCACUAUUCUGGAAGCGAUGGGCGCAUGCACCAUGUUCGCCGACCUGUGCAUAUGAUCCCACACUACACGUUUGGUCGAUUGGUCGGAUUCGAAGAUAUCUCCAUCUACUUCCUGUUCCCACGACUCUUCCGGGAGGAGCAGCAAUCGAGCCGUCUGCGGGAUGAGGACUUUCGGAUUUGGAUGGACCAGUGUCUCCUUCCAGCCAUCUACCAACACUACGAGGGCUCCCUGGUCCAGCAUUAUCCAUCCAGCUUCGACCACAGCCGUCUGAAUGCGACGGCGCGGGGGCUCGAGACACGCUCGCAGCGAGUGGAUCCCGCUGCCCGCCAACAGCUGCUGUUCUAUUUCCUUCCACCCGAGGCUUUGUCCCUCGUCUGGGCGACGAUUCAAGAGACGAUCGAACGCGAGGGGCUCCAACAGUUCAAGGACCUGACCAUCCUCGUCCAAGGCAAAAACCUCAAGACGCUGACCAAGGCCCACACGUGGGAAGGGAUGACGCAGCUGUUCACCCGGCACUGGGACAUCGCCAUCGAUGGAUGCUAUCUCUCGGACAACUCCUACGUCGACAUUGGAAAAGAGACCUGCCCCGAUGGCUUUUCACGGGUUGGUGGCGAUGGGCUCCUCGCGUCCCGACGCCGCACGGGACAGGGCCCUCGCUCGCAUUCUCCUCUACCGCAGACUCUCCUCUGGCGACGAUGUUGCUUGGACUCGUACGCCGAGUGGAUUGGCCAACAGCACUCCCCGGAAUCUCCUCGGCCGCGGCAGCAGUUCUACCCGAUCAGUCUUCUCCACGACAGUGGGAGCUUGACUUUGGAGACCCGUCGGACCUCUCCACAGCGGAAGGGUGGUCUUCUCUACACGCAAAUGUAUUCGAGCGUGAAAGAGGUUUUUGCGGCCGGUGACGUGUACCCCUUCACCAACCCUUCGAUCGAGACGUUGGCACUCGACCCGCAGCUGCGCAAAACCUGGCAGUACGUUGGGGGUGGGCUCAGCCACGACCCUGUUGCGUUGAUACGGGCGUAUCUGAACAUGAAGCAGCGGUGCUAUGCCGCUCUGCAAGGGUCAUAUCUCAAAGUCUUUGGCCUUCGUGAAGAGCAUCGUGUCUCCUUUCCUCUCUUCCAUGCGAUCGACCAGCAGUUCCGCGAACGCAACCUCCAGCAAUCGAGGCUGCCUGAGGCGCCAUCCGAGCUGCAGCCCUUCUACUCGCUCCCGACCUCCACCCUCCUCUCCUGGUUCUACUGGAACAUCAAUAAGUUCUGUGUGGGCUUUGAGAGCGUCUACAGCAUCAACGACCGUCAUUUUGUCACGUGGGAGCAUACGCGGAUCAUGAUGAUGUUCCUGCGCUGCCUCCAAUUCUCCUACGCAGGUGGCCUGCUCCAGCGGGUCUCUGGUUGCUGGCGUGAUGUCUGGUACCGGCCCGACGCUCGACGGCCGGAUGGUCUGCGCCGGUGUGAAGGUCUCGGUUUUCAACGGAAUCUGCACGACUACGGCUACGCUUGGUUCUUAGACAAGGUGAACUGGGACACGAUGACCUUCCGCCAGCCCUCCGCACAGCACAUGAUGUUUAACAGCCCGUCGAUGCAGGCGGCGUUCCAUGCGCGGUAUUCGCAGAUCCGAGACGUCCGCCUCGAUUUUCUCCGCGUGCAUCAGGCGCACCGGUGGAUGGAAGAGUUUAGCUCGACCCCCCCUUGUCUCGAACUGGUGGAAGAUUUUCUGCGACAAUUCGCGCUCUGUGUAUUCCGAAAGGAUGUCUUCUUGCAGAUCAAGCGCCUCCUCCAUCCGGAUCAUGUGGACCGCGCCCUAGCCGGCGAGGUGCCCCUGAGCCAUGAUAGCAUCACGCGCGUGGUCAUCGAUGGCGCCAGACCCCUUCGGCUGAUGGACCAGCGUCGGAUCGCCGUGAAACAUGUGGACACGAUCUUCGCGUGGCUGUGGGAGUGGAAAGACGGCCGGUACGAUCGGAAAGGAUGGAAGGACAAGCCAUAUCGGAUGGUGUUUCAGCAGAGCUUCGAGGCCAUCAACCAGAUCCGAGGGAAAGAUCGAGCGCGGGAGUGGAAGAUGGCCUUGAAAACCUCCUUUAUCCAAAGCCAUUGGUUUCUUCCAUACCCACACAGUAAUGGCUUUAUGCGCAAGGCAAAAGACACGGGACAGGAACUGUGGUGGUCGAAUUUCAAUCAUCAUUUGUUUGAACACUACCGCCAAUGGUACGGUUCGGAAAUCACCCAGAAGAGGUUCUUCCCCGCCGAAUACAUCAAGCACCAUCCCACAAAUUCCUGGGGCCGCGCACUUGGCGAAGACCGGUACAUGCAGGGUGCCAUGGAACCGGAGAUGGAUCUUGUUCGGAUCCCCGAGGGGGAAUUCUACGCGAAGUUAUUGCAGAUUGCCGAUCGCUUUUCCCAGAAUCCCAACGAUGUCAGGUGGAGGCAGAAAGCCCCGCCGGCGGUAUUCAGAUUCAAACGUUUGAUCGGGGAUGAGGCAAAGAUUAUGGUCCACCGGAAAAGGAAGGAUAGCCUAAUCCAUAAUGCCUUAAAGGAGCGAGGGCUCCCUCCGACUUCUCUGCACACCUAUUGGUCCCCUCCUCACUUGCUGAACGCGUCCACCCUACCAGCGGCCAUGAUGGAGCAUUUUCGCUAUCUCCCGGAAUACCAGGUGCUGGUGUGCAUCCCCUGUGGGCAUGCUGUCCCACCUGCUUACCUUGAUACCCACCUAAAAGGCCAUCGUAAAGAGUGGCUAGGCCUGGACUCGACCAUGGCAAUCUCCGUGCUCAAGAAACAACUGCAGGAAUUCACAUUAGCCGAUCCUUCUCAACAGCAGAUCCAGAUUCCAUCCCCUUCCUCCUUAGCCUUGCCUGGCCUGCCAGUAGAGGAGGGGAUCGGAUGCACGCAAUGUCAAUUUGUGACUCGCUCCGAGGGUUGGAUGCAAAAACAUGUCCGGACCCAUCAGCUCACCCCACGACGGCAAGGUCGACCUCGGAAGACUAAACCCACGAUUGCAUUGACGCAGCCCCAGGCGGGCUCAGAUCUCUGGGAAAAGGUCUAUUGCCAGCGCUUCUUCCCCUCGGGCCCCAAAAGUCGAUUCUUUCGGGUCGCUCCGCUUCUUGAACCUACUACAGCAGACCUAGUCGAUCCUAUUCGCGCCCAGAUCUACGAGCAGAUCCGGCAAUGUGAGCAGAAGGAGAAAGAAUACAACCAAGUCAUCACGACAGAUCGUGACUACAGUGAAUACAGUCCUUGGCUAGAAAAGACUCGAUGGCGUGACUACAUCCACGGCUAUACUUUCACGGAACUCACUGCACUCGCAUAUAUGCCUGAUCCUGUACGAGAACCUAUCUUGCAGCUGUGGAUAAGAAGCCUAGACACCGUUGUCGACCAGGCUCUCGAAUCCGUGACUAACCACCGGAUCAAUGUGUUCGACCAAGCCCGGAUUAACAGCUUCGUUGACGAUGCCUACCGACGACCGAGCCAUCGACCGGUCUUCUUUCAUCUUAAGCCCUCCACUGACCAGCGAUAUCGGCGCAUCUGGAAGCGCCUUCUCUGUUUUGUGUAUCGUGUGGCCCAACCAAGUCAGCCAAUCCGACUCUCCCACAUCUUGACUGCGGACCAGAAGGACCUUAUCCAACGAAUGGUAGAAGCAAGUCAACAGAUGCCAUCCGAGACGCUUCGGUGA